CAUAAUCACCGGGCUAGGUCCGGUUAGGUCGGAUGUCGGCUCUCCUGACCCGAUGGUGGAAGUUUUGUAUUGUGAGUUUUCUUACCCGUUUGGUUGACUUUGGCAAUUUUUCGUGUUUGCAACAACACGCUAUUUUAAUUAUUCAGAAGUGAGAACUAAAUAAUUGUUGACAGUACAUUUUCCUUUCAAAGAGUCAAGACAGGGCGGCUUGAAGGGUGGAACUUAACACUUCAUAGUAACCCGAGGACCUUACUAGCUAGCAGCAGGCUAACGUUAGUUUAUGCUUCUGUAAGGAAGCCGAUCCAACGAAACCAUGGGGAACCGGGGGAUGGAAGAUUUGAUCCCCCUUAUCAACAAACUUCAGGACGCUUUCAGUUCCAUUGGGCAGAGUUGUAAUUUGGAUUUACCGCAAAUUGCUGUGGUCGGAGGACAAAGUGCUGGAAAAAGCUCGGUAUUGGAAAAUUUCGUUGGCAGAGAUUUUCUUCCUCGGGGAUCAGGCAUUGUGACCCGUAGACCUCUCAUUCUGCAGCUGUGUUUUAAUAAAGCAGAGUAUGCUGAGUUCCUGCACUGUAAAGGGAAGAAGUUUGUGGACUUUGAAGAGGUCCGGGCAGAGAUUGAGGCGGAGACAGAUAGGAUAACAGGUUCAAACAAGGGGAUCUCCCCCAUCCCCAUCAACCUCCGGGUCUACUCCCCUCAUGUUUUAAACCUGACUCUGAUCGACCUACCGGGGAUGACCAAGGUGGCGGUGGGGGACCAGCCCCUGGACAUUGAGCACCAGAUCAGGGAUAUGCUGCUGCAGUUCAUCACUAAGGAGAGCUGCCUGAUCCUGGCCGUCACCCCGGCCAACCAGGACCUGGCCAACUCAGAUGCCCUGAAAAUCGCCAAGGAGGUGGACCCCCAGGGUCUGCGUACCAUUGGAGUGAUCACAAAGUUGGACCUGAUGGAUGAAGGCACAGACGCUAAAGACAUCCUGGAGAACAAACUACUGCCACUGAGAAGAGGCUACAUUGGUGUAGUAAACCGCAGUCAGAAAGACAUUGAUGGUAAGAAGGACAUCCGUGCUGCCCUGGCUGCUGAGAGGAAGUUCUUCCUGUCUCACCCGGCCUACAGACACAUGGCUGAGCGUAUGGGCACGCCCCACCUGCAGAAACAACUCAACCAGCAACUGACCAACCACAUCCGGGACACGCUGCCUGGGUUGCGCAGUAAGCUGCAGAGCCAGCUCCUUUCCCUGGAGAAAGAGGUGGAGGAGUACAAGAACUUCCGUCCCGAUGACCCCACUCGCAAGACCAAGGCCCUGCUGCAAAUGGUGCAGCAGUUUGGGGUGGACUUUGAGAAGCGCAUCGAGGGCUCUGGAGACCAGGUGGACACAGCAGAGCUGUCGGGUGGUGCCAAGAUCAACCGCAUCUUCCACGAGCGCUUCCCCUUCGAGCUGGUGAAGAUUGUGUUUGAUGAGAAGGAGUUACGGAGGGAAAUAAGUCACGCCAUCAAGAACGUCCAUGGUGUCAGAACGGGUCUUUUUACUCCUGACCUGGCGUUUGAAGCCAUCGUGAAGAAGCAGAUCAUUAAGCUGAAAGAGCCCUGUAUCAAAUGUAUCGACCUUGUCAUUCAGGAGCUCAUCAACACAGUCAGACAGUGCACCUGCAAGCUGGGUUCCUACCCCCGUCUGAGGGAGGAGACGGAGAGGAUCGUCACCACCUACGUCCGAGAGAGGGAGGGCAAGACCAAGGAUCAGGUGAUGCUGCUGAUUGACAUUGAGCUGUCCUACAUCAACACAAACCAUGAGGACUUCAUAGGCUUUGCCAACGCCCAGCAGAGAAAUCCACAGAACAAGAAGAGGGCCAUUCCUAACCAGGGACUCAGAGAGGGCGAACAGGAGAAGGUGAUCCGCAAAGGUUGGCUCACCCUGAACAUCAGCAUCAUGAAGGGCGGCUCCAAGGAGUACUGGUUCGUCCUGACCGCGGAGUCCCUGUCCUGGUACAAGGACGAGGAGGAGAAGGAGAAGAAGUACAUGCUGCCCCUAGAUAACCUGAAGCUGCGAGAUGUGGAGAAAGGCUUCAUGUCAACCAAGCACAUUUUUGGGAUCUUCAACACAGAAUCCAGCAGGAAUGUGUAUAAGGACCUGCGUCAGAUUGAGCUGGCAUGUGACACCCAAGAGGACGUGGACAGUUGGAAGGCUUCCUUCCUGAGGGCUGGAGUCUACCCUGAGAAGGACCAGGUGGACACGGAGGAUACAGCCCCCUCAGAAACCUUCUCCAUGGACCCUCAGCUGGAGAGGCAGGUGGAGACCAUCCGUAACCUGGUGGACUCCUACAUAGGCAUCGUCAACAAGUCCAUCAGAGACCUCAUGCCCAAGACCAUCAUGCACCUCAUGAUCAACAGCGCUAAGGACUUCAUCCACUCUGAGCUGCUGGCUUACCUGUAUUCAUCCGGGGACCAAAACAGCCUGAUGGAGGAGUCUGCUGACCAGGCGCAGCGGCGCGACGAGCUGCUCCGCAUGUACCACGCUCUGAAGGAGGCGCUGCACAUCAUCGGUGACAUCACCACCACCACCGUGUCGGUUCCCGUGCCCCCGCCCGUCAACGACAGCUGGAUGCAGGAGGCCAGUCCCACCCCCCAGCGCCGACCCGCGGCUGCAGCUGCCACAGCCCCCAGCCGACCACCCGCAGUGAGGGGCCCGACGCCGGGACCGCCCCUCAACCCCUCCCCAGCGUUCGGGGUGCCCCCUAUCCCCUCCCGCCCAGGCCCGCCACCUAUGAAUGCCUUUGGUAGCAACAGUCAGCAGGAUCCCUUCAGUGCCCCCCCACUGAUCCCCUCUCGGCCAGCCCGCAUCCCCCCUGGCGUGCCCAGCCGAAGACCCCCUGGCGCUCCUCACCGGCCCACCAUAAUCCGCCCUGCCGAGCCCUCCCUGCUAGACUAGACUACCCAGUAGACUCAGCCAGGCCUGACUCUUUGUAUGAUUGUGUGUCUGUGUAUGUGUGUGUGUGUCUGUGUGUGUGUGUGUGUGUGUGUGUGUGUGUGCCGGGGCCAGAGGGGAAGGGUUAGAGAGGAGUGGAAGGCGGGUUUCUAUACAGUCUCAGUGCACAUUGAUAUACUAUAUCAUCCAGCCGUUAUAUAAUGUAGUCCACUCAAACUGUUCUGAUAUAAGCUGCUAACUUCCUCCUCAGUCUCCAACAUGUGGUCGCUCUCUGGUCGUCACAUUCUAAAGAAGCAAAGAAUCCCCUAAACAUUUGAAUAUUAUUAGGAUUUUUGAAAUAUUGGAAUAAUUGCACUGUUCUGGAUAUUAUACCAUAUGAGUAAAAGACCCAACUGGCUGAAAAGAGUGUUAGCUCUGGUUAUGACCAGCAGGGUGCGCUCACUGCACCUGAUGUGGAUGGUUACAUGGAAUUGGUAUGUCUCCAUCUAUGCAACCAAUUUUCUGUGGGAAUUGUUGACUUCCCAUCUGAAAAGGCGGACAAUUGCUUAGUUCAACAACAAACAAAAAGCCUAAAAAGCAUCCCUCCCUCCCUCUUUCGAAGUGCCCUGACCGCACCCUGCUAGACUCCAGACCUCUGUGGAAUAUACACCCAUCCUGUUAAUUUGUUCUGGGGUUUUCUAACUUGAUUUCAUCCUGAAAGACUUUAUUAUUAUAAUAAUAAUAAUUAUUAGGACUAUGGUGGUGUUGAUGUUGAUUAUCACUUGUUAUUUUAUUUGAAUGUCUGUUAAUGUCCCCGGCAGGGAGCUUUAAAAUGAGUCUCCUAUCACAGACAAAUAUAAUUUAGCAGAGCAGGCCUACACUUGAGAUCGAAAGUAGUCUCUUAAAAUGUGCGUCGCUAUUGGAGUACCCCGCCACAAUUGAGAAUGUUAUCAUGGAGCACUUCUGUGUACAUCCUUAUCAUCCACUGGCAGUGUCAUGGUUGGCAUUCAUUUAAGACUGCACAGUAAACAGGAGAGUUGUCUGCACUUUGAGAACUAAUACCUCCAAAUUUUACAGUUGACAUUUUAGUCAUUUAGCAGAUUCAGUGUUGCCUACAGUUAAUGCACUCGUCCUUAUUAGUUGGUGCCUGCAUCCAAAUGAGUUGGUGCCUGCGUCCAAAUGAGUUGGUGCCUGCGUCCAAAUGUGUUAAUGCAUUCGUCUUAAUGAGUUGGUUAUUCAUCCCAGCUAGUUGGUUAGAGCUAUCCCAAAACCUUAGAAAGUCCUGGCAUGGGCAUCCAUUCGAAGUCCCAUUGGGGACAAGGACAGGUGUAGAGUACAGGAUGUUCUACCAGGGCAGGGUAGGGGGAGCUAUGUAGGUAGAGCUGAGCGGGGCAGUUUAGGGGCCUUCAUUCCCCGUCAUACCUCAAGGCUCUGAUCUUUAUGGUUGAGAGACCCUCCCGGUGUGUUGGGAACAGCGUUGUCGGUAGCCGGAGGCUGGAAAGACAGACUCCAGCAUAGGGAUGGAGAAUGAUGUUUAAUGGGGAUUAUUAUUGAAUACCAAACAUGUGACUGUGUAGGAACCCUUAUACUAAUUGAAGCACUAACACACAGCCGUUACAUUGACUUUGCUUGGGGUGUAGGGAAACAUUGAGAUUUGUAAUCUCCUGAUCGCAUUCAUUCAUUAUUUAUAACCCUGGGCAUUUGUCAUGUUUGGUUUGAUGUCUGCUGUAUACAGAACCUUCAGCCUGCUGGAAAGGGAGACAUGAGCUCUCUCUAGUAGUGAGUUAGACUACAGGGUUUUUAGUUGGAAUAACUGUAACUCAGAGGGUUUAAUAGUUGUAGGAAUGAAGAUGUUCUGUUUCCGCAGCUGUGAUUUGUAUUGAUGAAUAUCAUUUGAAUGACCUGUGAGGGAAAUGUAAUCAUUGGUUUGACGGUGUGAGAAUUGGGGGUAAAAUGGGAGGAGUCUGGAGAGUGAUAACUAAUAAACAACUUUGAUGUUUUAUUUUUAUGAUUAUAAUUAUUGAGGGUGGUGGGGACUGAAACUAUGUUGCUCUUUUGGAUGUACUGGCACAUCCUGCCUGGAGAACCUUUCCAAUGUGAGUAGUGGACUUAAACCCAGUAAGUUUGACUAAUUACAGUCCAUUAUAAUGUAAUGGAUAAUGGAUCUGGCAGAGAGUUGAACUGAUAGGAACUGUAACUCUACAGGCUCUCUGGGCAGAAUGUAUUGGUCCUCCCCCAUAUUUCCCAUCAGGUCUGGCUACAGUGACGUGACUGCUAGCAGGGGUCUGACUUACUAGCUGACUCCUGGUAGCCUCUGGGAAAUGGAGUCUACCCACACUCAAAUGUUUCAAACUCCAGCUAAGAAGAGAUUGGCCUUACGUUUAUGCUUUCACUAGAUAUUAUGGGAAGUGUUAGGGGAGUAAACUAUAUCCCAUUCUUCUGAAACUGUCACUGUAGCCUGGCCUUUUACCCCACCUUUCCUGUAAGUUGUAAGAUAUAGAUGACUGUCUUCCUCCUCAGUGAAUGUGCCCCACUCCUCCCUGACCUAGUGGCUCUUUUCUUGUGGGUUCGGGGGGGGGGCUGACAUGCAUCCAUAUUUCUUUUGUUUUUGCAAAGCCUUGUCAAGUGCCUCUGUAGCAAUUUAAUGGAUUUGAAUAAACAAAUGAAGCGAUGUGGAACAUGAGUGCUAAAUAAAGAGGUGGUGUGUACAAUAAAGGGA